UUGUCAUUUUUCCUUUUUUCUUUCGUAGUUCUGGCACAGUCAUAUAAUCCUGUCACUACCGAUCAUAAACGAUAUUAAAAUCCAAUACUAAUAGUUUAAAAGUAAUACGUUUUCGCAACAGUGCUAAAAAAUCCCUAAAAAUAUUCCCUUUGCUUUUUGAAGUAUUUCCCACUUUGUUUACAGAGAAUGCGCUGGCAGUACAAGGAAAAUCAUUCAUUUGAAAAGCGAAAGGCUGAAGCGGAAAAGAUGCGCAGAAAAUAUCCUGAUCGAAUCCCUGUGAUCGUCGAAAAAUCUCCCAAAGCGCGAUUUGCGGACCUCGAAAAGUCAAAGUUCCUAGUUCCUAGUGAUUUAACCGUGGGACAAUUUUACUUCCUUGUGCGCAAGCGCAUCCAGCUCCGACCGGAAGAAGCUCUCUUCUUCUUCGUGAAUAAUGUGAUACCACCGAGCUCUGCCACAAUGGGUUCCUUGUAUGAGGAACACCAUGAUGAGGAUGGCUUUCUGUACAUCGCUGUAUCAGACGAAUCUGUAUAUGGACAUUAACAUCUGCAUUGGACGUGACUGUAUCACCACGAUUCUCGGAUACGUUGAAAUGAGUUGUUGAUGAACGUACAUCUGCAAGUUCGAAUGGAACUCGGGAUUUACUACAAAGAUGUUAAAGUAACUUCACUUUGUUUGGUGGUAUGCCUAAUCGCUAUUUGGCUUGCAGCAUUUCCACUAAUUGUAAGAAAUGUAAUAUUGGUGGCUUUUGGUUAAAGGUCGCAGUGGAUUUUUAGUUUUUACGUUUCAUUAUUAAGCGAUUAAACAGUAGAAAUGCUUAAUCUCGUACAGCUUUUUUUGUGCGUAGUUUACGCGGAUAUUUUAAUUUGGAAACUCGCUUCUCAAAGUUGUCAGGUUUACAUGCGGCGCAUUUGGCAUGAGCAUUCGGGAGCAUGAAUCGGUAAAUGUUUUGUUAUUGCACCAGAGUUGUUACGAGGAUUAUAAUAAUUGCGUUGAUAUGG